AUGGAGUUCGGUUCAGUCCAAAUCUCUACGGCUGAUCGAGCUCGAAUAUACGGACCUAACGAAACUACUUUCAAUGAGCGAAGCGUUCUCGACCUUCCACCUCAAAUACGGAGUUAUUGUCAAUCGGGAAGGGCAACGACUCCUCGAAACGGCAGCCCGAUAUACGCACCCCAAGAAACGAAGAAUGUUUCAGCCUUGUACCUUGAUGACCAAGCUUUUGCGUACGCCACGAAUAUAGAAUUCUUUGUGGGUCCAGUGGUCCAUAGCCCGUUUACGGAUCGUUUGCAAAUGAUACAGAUCAAAGGAAUCGGAUCCCUGAACUUUUCCAUGAAUGCGUGCGUCGUUGGGAGCCUUGACUAUGGCUGUCAGCCUCAAUGGCAUGCAAAUGUCUCGGAAUUGGACAGCAGAAAGUCGCUCCAGAUGAUCACUAUCCCCACAUGGCUGAACGAAACAGGGUCGAGUGACGACUCAACAGGUUAUACAAUCAUAGCUGCCGCAGAUGGUUACUAUGAUGGCUCAUUCACUUUCAGAAGUCCAUAUAUCAUCAACAGCAACCAUGAUAACGCAACAUUUGACCACAUUUUGCGCAGCCGUCCGCACGAGGAAGUGACGACAUCAAUUUUCGAGAUUUUCCUGUGGCAGCAGCAUUUCUAUGAGGACGAGGUUAUGAUCGGGCUAAUCAAUGGGACAAUUGAGGGCCCCGUGGAGGUGGUCCAGUAUCCAGGACAGUACUAUGCUGGCAUUGGUAUUCACUGUGAUGUGACAUCUUCCGUAGGUUAUGCGGACUUGGAUCCUGCUCGCCUAACUUAUUCAUCGUUCGCCUUGGCUAAUGAGCGAAGUUCAUCCGAGUUCGUGGGGCCUCUGACGCCUUUUAACCAAGACUGCCUCGGGUGCUUCAGCAGACAGACAUGGGUGGCUCUCCAUGAUGUUAUCGGUUCGCUUCCCAUACCAAGAGACCCCGAGUAUUCGACCUGGAGGUCUUAUCACUCCUUAACGCCAAAGGAUCUGCAGCUGGCCAUGUGCAAACUCUUGGGAGAAAGCGUGAUCACCAUGAUGGAUGAGGGAGGCAUAAAUCCAUCUUAUGGAGAAUUGCGUUCGUUGCGAUCGGCGACCUAUCUGGUUGCGGGUGCGGUGUCAUGGAUAUAUGUCUUGACUCUGCUAUGUCUGUGGGCCUGUAUCAUGUGCGCAGGAGCGGCGUGGAUGCUCUUCUUUGCCGGAAGGAGGUGGGCCAAAACACUUGAUGGCCUUGAGAUGUUCAAGUUUGGAGCACAGCUUGCGGACGAGGUCAGCGAGUUCAAAUCCCUGGAGUUGAAGGGCCCUAACAAUGCGCUGAAGAAUGUGCCUGGGAUGGUAGGUAUCUUACCUGGGGGCAGCAGCCGGGGUGCCACCGAAGACUUGGGUUUCAUCGGACUUAGUGAAAAUAGAGUGAGCCAAAAGCUCCACUACACAUUGGACAGAUGA